UCCGUGUUAUUCCCUACGUUUACUGUAUCAGCGAUAUACUUGGACUGGAAUCAUACACAACAGUGGAAAUUGGCACAGAAAGAAAAGCAAUCAGAAUUACCAAAGGUUUAAACAGGUAGUAGAGAAAAGAGAGAAUAAUGGGAGUUCUGGGAUUUACUCGUGCGCAUCUUUGGACUGGAUUCCCUGCAGCUGGAUUUGUGUUCGGAUGUUGGUUGGACCGUCUAGAAACUUUGAGGAUGACACGAUUCAGAGAUAAAUCUGCCCUUUAUGGCAGGACCCUUGCGCCAGGGGAGCCACAUUCAUGGCCAUGAUUUGACACCUUUGAAUGAGGUUGUUGAUUACAGUAGAAGAAUAAUUUAUUGCAAUAAAAGCCAGAUGAAAAGUAAUAAAACCCAAA